GAAUUGGAUGAAGAAUUCCGCAAUCGAGUUCAAGAAAACACUCGGCGUUAUAUUGGUGUAUUUGCUGAUGGCAUCGAUGAGCUCAUGCCGGAGCCCACAAAGGCAUUUACAGAUGAUGAUCAUGACAUAAUGAUGACUCAAAGGUCUGAAGACGGACCAGAGAAUAUGGAUGGUCCGGAUCCACAUCAGAAGAUGCCUCCUGAAAUCAAGCACUACUUGUGAGGUCAACGCAAAAAUCCUAAUUCCUGUUGUGUUUGUUCGAAUGAAAUUUCAGUCUAAAUGUGUGCUUUCACUGAAUUGUGUGGUCGGUAACGGAUCAUAUGCAUUUAAAUCUUAGUUUGACUAGUAUCUCAUGCCAGAAGUCACAGCACAUAAUCAGCCAUUCGAUAUGUAUGGUAACACUGAUACACUUCCUGUUUCGGUUUAAACUGUGUGUUUGGUAGUUCAUUAUUCAUGACUAGCUAGUAAAUGAAUGUCGAUUUUCUCAAGGGUAUUAGCUAGCUUGAUUUGUAGUAUAUGUUUUGAAAAUACGAUGACAUUUCUUACAAUGUAAGUUCAACAGAGGUUUCUCUCAGAUUGAAAUUGGAAACUUGCUUUUACAUAGAUUCCAUGUCACUGGUUUUAAUAAGUUUCAUAUGCUUCAACUUCCAUUGUUGCGAAGCUUUCUAUGCAGGUUUGUGUGCAUUUUUAAUUGACUAGUAUUUUUUUCAUAUGUAUUCUCGUGAAGUUUACAUAAGAGCAUCUUCAAGUGGGAAGUCGAAGCCAUAUGCAAUUAGGGAGGUCAAGGCUUCACAUAUUGGCCAGCUUGUAAGGAUUUCAGGUAUUGUGACGCGGUGUUCAGAUGUUAAGCCAUUGAUGAAGGUUGCUGUCUAUACAUGUGAAGAAUGUGGUUUUGAGAUUUACCAGGAAGUAACUGCUCGAGUCUUUAUGCCACUUUUUGAGUGCCCAUCCAGGUGCUGUAUAACAAAUAGAACAGAGGGGAACCUUAUACUUCAACUCAGGGCAUCAAAGUUCUUGAAGUUUCAGGAGGCAAAGAUACAAGAGUUGGCUGAAGAUGUUCCAAAAGGCCAUGUUCCACGGACAAUGACUGUUCACUUCAGGGGUGAACUCACGAGAAAGGUAGCAUGCUUCUAUGUUAAUUCUCAUAGAGUAUUUUAAGCGUAAACUUACAGUUUUGAAUUAAGCCUUUGCAAUGGGGCAGGCAGGGGUUUCCGUUUCACAUGAUUGCAGGAAGUGAUGACAUCCUGCUUCUACUUAACUGAUUUUAACUUUUUUUCUUUUGAAUUUUCAUGUGCCUCUUUCUCAACACCAUUAGGUAGCUCCGGGUGAUGUUGUGAAACUAUCUGGGAUUUUUCUUCCUAUUCCUUACAUUGGUUUCAGAGCAAUGCGGGCAUGCUUAGUUUCAGAUACUUACUUAGAAGCCAUGUCCAUCACACAUACUAAGAAAAAAAAUAUGAAGAGGAAGCCAUUAUUACAUUUUCAGUUCAAUUUGGUCAUCUGUUUAUACAUUUCUUUUAUCAGUUCUCGGUCAACAAAACCAUCUAUGCUUGUGUAUUGGACUAAAUUACUUUCAUACCAAUCUUUCACUAUAUAUUGUUCCCAUCUUUUCAACUCUUAACAUAGA